AUGGACAUAAUGUUACAGUUUUCACACCAUUCCAUUGACGGUAAUCGCGAAAACUAUACAGAAAUAGACAUGUCUAGUUUGUUUCCAAUGAAACUUGGCAUGAAUAUAGAUUUAUUGGACUUUAUUGAAGACUCGCCACAUGGAGUCAUUUUAUUCAUAUUUGGUUCAACAAUUGCAAUGUCUUCAGUUCCAAAAAAUAUUUUAACUGCAUUCAAAAAAGCACUAGCUGACCUUCCACAAAGAGUUUUAUUGAAAUACUAG